UUGUAAACAAUCGCGCGAACUUGAUAUUAAUUUACGUGUAACAUUUCGAGUGCAAAAAGGCAGUUUUUAAAUCUUUCUGUCGAGACAUGGCAUGGAAUCUCCCUCAAAGUGGGAAGAUAGUCAAACUUAGUGAGCUGACAGACACAUUGUCUGAGGUCUACCGUGGACAACAUGUUCGAGUUAUGGCGAGGUUGGUGAGCUAUGACUGUAUCAAGGGACAGGCAGUGGUAUGCAGUGUGGAACGACACUGCAGUCAUCAACUUCUUGUUGACACACGUCUCGUUGAGCCAUUUGGAGGGAGGGUGAGCUCUGUCUUUCAAAUUCUGGGCGAAAUGGACAGCUUGGAUAAUGGUCAGCCUGUACUACGGGCACGAGUUGUGCGGUGUGUGGAUGGUACUGAUGUGGCCAUGUAUUACAAAGCGCUGGAGACACAAAGAAAGUUUUUUGAAAGUAGAAAUGCACAUACGUGAUGCACAGUGCAGACCGGCUAAUGUGGGCGAUUAGUUGAUCAGAAAGGAAACUACAGGAAACUCUCUGGCCAAACUUUGUUGAGCUGAAAGAACAGUGUCACCUCAAAAGACUCUCGGCUUGUCAGAGUGGCCAGUAGAGUAAGUGGCCUGCAAGGACAAGUGUCCACUAUGAACAAAAGGCCUUCAAUGACAGGUGGCCUUUAUGAACGAUUGGCCUGCAUGGCCUGUAUGAACAGGUGGCCAGUAAGGACAGCUGGUCACAAUGAACAAGUGGCCUGUAGGACAGGUGGUCACUAUGAACUAGUGACCUGUAUCGACUAGUAGCCUGUAUGGACAGGUGGCCACUAUGGACAGGUGGCCACUAUGAACAGGUGGUCACUAUGAACUAGUGACCUGUAUCGACUAGUAGCCUGUAUGGACAGGAGGCCACUAUGGACAGGUG